CGGGGGUUUCUACCAACUCAAACCAAACCACAUCUUCUCUCGCAACAUCUCGUCCUUACCAUCCUCCCUCUUGAUACCCCAUACCUGUUAAUCCACAGACGGCCCUCAAAGGCAUCAUACAUCAGCUUCAUUUCUCCUGUCGUCGCCGCUUCUCGCCAUAUUAUUUCACUGCUCCGAGAAAGGUUUCCAGCUGCAGGCCACCUGCCCUCGUCCUUCGCAUCCCGGCCGGCAACAUGUCUUCGAUGUACCUCUCCCAGUUGCGGAAGUGGAUACUGGAGUCGCCGCCCAUUGAAUGGGGAUUGAACCAGCUACGAGAGUUGCUCAUUGGGGCUUUGCGGCAAGGCCCCAUUCCCCAACAUGUUGCCUUCGUAAUGGACGGCAAUAGACGGUUCGCGCGGACUCAUAAAAUCGAAACGGUCGAAGGCCAUAAUCUGGGGUUUGAAGCUUUAGCAAGGAUACUUGAGAUCUGCUACAAAUCUGGGGUCAAGACCGUGACGGUCUACGCGUUCAGCAUAGAGAACUUCAAACGCUCGAAAUACGAAGUGGAUGCUUUGAUGGAAAUGGCGAAGGCCAAGCUAUCUCAACUGACGCAACACGGGGAUCUGCUGGAUAGAUAUGGAGCGAGGGUACGCAUCUUAGGGCAGAGGGAGCUGGUCAAACCGGAUGUCUUGGAGGCCAUUGAUAAUGCUGUCGAGUUGACUAAAAACAACGUCGACACGGUGCUCAAUAUUUGCUUUCCUUAUACGUCCCGGGACGAGAUCACAAGUGCUAUUAGAUCUACCGUCGAAGACUACUCCAGACCACUGGCUACACAAGCUCGGCCCUUCUCUCAAACACGAAUCACCCAGAAAAUCCGAUCCAGGAAUAUCAAUGCUUUACAUUCGAAUUCACCCCGCAGGAACAGUUCCCCAGAACCACCAAGUACUUCCGACAUCGACGACUCCGCAUCAUCCUCUACUACCCUGCAUCCAGAAUCACCGCCAAUUGAUAGUCGAGAAGGAGAGGUCUAUCCAGAUCCAGAAACAAUAACAGUGGAUACGGUAACAGACCAUCUAUAUACCGUUGGCGAUCCCCCUUUAGACCUCCUAGUUCGAACAAGUGGGGUAAAGAGACUGAGUGAUUUCAUGCUCUGGCAAUGCCAUGAGGAUACGGAAAUUGUGUUUUUGGAUUGUCUAUGGCCAGAGUUUGACUUGCGGCAUUUCCUCCCCGUCCUAGUUGAGUGGCAGUGGAAACAGAAACACAUCGAGGAGAAGGCAGGGAAUGGGUUCAAGGGGUCCAAAACGAAGGUUCGAUAGGAGGGUGUGAAUGGGCUGUACAGGUAGCCUCAUGCGUGUCGGAAUAGCUCUGAAGGUAUCACACGCAAAAGGCAGCCAUCUUACCUACCAAAGGUUGGUGUGUCUGCUCUACUACAAUUGUAUAUAUUUAUUAGAUUCUUAUUUUAGCUGCUCAGGGACUCCCUAUAUACCACCUUACGAGACAU